AUGGCUCAACUAUGUGAAGCCAGUACAAUAUUAAAACGAUUGAGUGAACGUUUAUAUCAACAUAAUAAUUGUGAAGAACAACUUGAUAUUAAUUCAUUGCAACAAAUUCUUGAUAGUCCUUUAUUUAAUACAUUAUAUAAUUUACAAGAGUCUUUUCAACAAAUAAAAUUUGAAUUUGAAAAAGGAAAUUAUUUAAUAAAGAAUUGUUUAUUUGAUUUUGAUAUAGAAGGACAUUUGAAAUUAAUUAACAAUAAAAUAACGAAUUCAGAUAUUGAAAACAACGAUCAUUUAUCGAAUAAAUGUGCCAUUCGAAAAGUUAUUUUGAAUAAAAAAACACCCAACGAGUCGCUAGGAUUUAAUAUAGUUGCAUAUAAACAUCAAUUAUUUGGUAUUAAUGCAAUUUUUAUUGAUGAUAUUCAACCGAAUAGCCUUGCUGACGUAAAUGGUCAAUUACGAAAAGGCGAUCAGAUAGUGUGCAUCAACGAUAUUUAUUUGGAUUCACAAGAUUCAACACUUGCCGUUCGUGCUCAUCAACUUCUUCUUGAUUUAACACGUUUAUCAAUUGAACUUGUUGUUAUUGCUACAACUACUGAUUAUCCUCAUGCGGCCGUGGCAACGUCGAACAACGACGGACACAGCUGUGUUCCGACAUUGUCGACGCCUUCUCACGUCGACAUGGUGCUAAAUACAUUGUGGACACAAAUUGAAGUUGUCGAAUUAACCAACGACGGCUCCGGGCUAGGCUUUGGCAUAACUGGUAACAAGUCAACGGGUGUUGUUGUCAAAGCAAUUGUGCCUGGUUCAAUUGUCGAUAAAGAUGGCCGUAUUCGUACGGGUGAUCACUUAUUUCAAAUAAAUCAUGUCUGUGUACGUGGUAUGAGCUCUGAACAAGUAGCUGGUAUACUUCGACAAUGCUCUCAACAAGUUCGUCUUGUUGUUGCACGAAGUGUACGUGAGCCAACAGCAUCUUCAACAACAACGAUGACAACAACAACAACAACUGACAUAGGGAUGAAUAAACCGUCAUUAAUGCCACAACGUCCAUUAUCGAUAUCCGAGAAUUUGAUACGAACAACAGAUAAUAAUACAUUAGCAACAACGACACCUUCUCAACCAAUGGCUACUGAUAAUGAUGGAAUUAUAAAUAGUUCACAAAAUCGGAUUCUACUUCGUACUGAACGUUUACUAGAAAGCAAUCAUAGUUUUGAAAAGAUUCUUGAAAAUCUUCGUGAACAGUGUCAAUAUGAAGAUGGCACACAACUAUUGGAUGUAACAUUAGAAAAAGGUGAUGAUGGUUUAGGUAUUACUGUUGCUGGUUAUGUGAGUCCUGAUUCCACGAAUAAUGAUGCCAUCGCUGGUAUAUUUAUUCGUGAUAUAGCUGAAGGUAGUGUAUGUUCUCGUGAUGGUCGUUUAUCAAUAGGUGAUCAAAUAAUUGAAGUUAAUGAUCAAUCACUUAAUGGAUUUUCUAAUAUUCAAGCACUUUAUUUAUUACAAAAUACAAGUUCAUCUGUACGACUUAAAGUUCGACGUUAUCUUGAUGGUAUUAAAUUUGAAAAAAUUAAAGAAAUGAUUGCACUUGAAUCAUCACAUCCAAUAGAAGAAAAAAUUGAAUUUCAAUCUCCAUUGGAUAUUCAUGAACAAAUACGUCAAAAAUGGACUAAAGUUUUAGGAAGCAAUUAUGACAUAUUAAUAACUGAUGUUUAUAAACCUGAUAAUGGUGGUCUUGGAAUAACACUUGAAGGUACAGUUGAUAUUGAAAAUGGUGAAGAAGUCCGACCACAUCAUUAUAUACGUGCAUUGUUACGUGAUGGGCCUAUUGACACAGAAGGAACAUUAAAGUCCGGUGAUGAACUUUUAGAAGUGAAUAAUCAAAUUUUAUAUGGAAAAAAUCAUAUACAUGUUAUAGAAAUCCUUAAACGUGUUAAACAUCAAAUUAAACUUGUUUGUGCUCGUCGUAAAAUUUCUCAAAUAAAUGAAGCAUCUGUAAAAAAUAAUAUUCAUAAUCAUAAUCGUUCUCGUUCAAUAACAUUUGGUAAAACAGCUGAAAUUGUUGUUAAAGCUAAAAGUAUGGGAACAUUAGAUUCACCAAAUUCAUUAUUCAAUCUUAAUUCAUCAUCAAUACGUACAAUAAAACAAUAUAAAUCUCGUUCACUUGAAGUCAUUUCAAAUUUAGCUUUAUGGUCAACAUCAAUUAUAGAUAUUGAAUUACAUAAAAGUGAUCAUGGUCUCGGUUUUUCUGUACUGGAUUAUCAAGAUCCAUCAAAUCCAAGUUAUUCACCUGUUAUUGUUAUACGUGCAUUAGUACCUGGUGGUGUUGCACAAUUAGAUGGAAGAAUUGUUCCAGGUGAUCGUUUAGUUGCUGUUAAUGAUAUAACACUUGAAAAUAUGACAUUAGAUGAUGUUAUUAAAAUUUUAAAAUCAACACCUGUUGGUCCAGUUAAAUUAAGCUUAUCAAAACCAUUGCCGUAUCCAAAAUUUAAAAAUGAUAAUGAUGAUGAUAACAUUUUAACCGAUAGCGAUCAAGAUACAAAUAAUAAUAAUAAUAACAAUAAUCAAAUAAAUCAACGUAAAUCACGUAGUAAGGCUACAGCGACAAAUGUCAUUAAGAAUAAUCAUCAGCGUUCUGUUUCAAGUCAUCGUCCUUCACGUUCAUCAUCAAUAAAACAAGCAGCUGUAUCAGCUGGUAUUGCUUUAUCAGCUCCAGCUAUACUCAGUAAACAUGAAUAUUUAGAAUCAUUAUUAGAAAAAGAAAAUAUGAAAAAUAAAAUUGAACAACGUUCAUCAAGUACUUAUCGUAAAAAUUGUCGUGAUAAAAAUUCUUUAAAAUUAUUUUCAUUAGAAAAAAAAGAAUUUCGGAAAGAUCAAAUUCGACAACUAAACACAGAAGAAUAUCUUGAUUUAUUACCAAAAAAAGCACGAAAAUUAUCAACAAAUACAAUAAUAAAUUUACCUGAAUUUCAAAAUUUUCAGUCAGAUCAUCUUGUUCUCAUACCACAAAUAAUUUCGUAUCCAUUUUAUGAUCGCUUACGUGGUCCAUCUGCUUUUACAGCAACGAAGUUUAAUCGACAAUCAACUAAUAACACUUCUAAUAAUAAUAAUAAUAAUAAUAAUAAUAACAAUGUAAUGUCCCAAACAAUAACAAUAGCUACAUCCGGUGAUUUACCACGUACAAGUUUUCCAUCAGUAAAGCGAUUAUCUCGUUCACGACAAACACAUGAUACAAGUAAUAACCAUGACCAAGAACAAGCACAUAUUAUGCGACCGUCAUCAUUGCGACAAAUGACGAAUAAAUUUGACUCAAUGGCAUGUUUUCAUGAACCUGACUUGAGUAGUGACGACGACCAUAAUAAUAAUACUAAUAAUAAUAAUAAUAAUAAUUAUAAUGUUGUACUUUCUUCAUCAUCAUCGUCUCCAUUAACUCAUCGACAGUCCAUAAAAAAUGUUAUUUGUCCAACACAAACAAUAACAACAACAACAUCAAUUACAGACGAAGAUGCACGUGAAGUUGACGCCAUUAUUAAACAACAUCAACGAAUACUCACAAAUAAUAAUAAUAAUGAAAAUAAUAGUAUAAUAACACCAACAAUCAAAACACCAACAACUCCAACUAUAACACCCAAAUGGACUUCAUCAAGACAAUCGUCGCGUAUGGCAUCACCUGCUCUAUCGACUAGUUCGCAGUCUUCCGGACGUGUUAUUACAUUUCUAAAUCAUGAAGUUAUACAAUUACCUGUAUAUCUUGAACGUGAAAUACGUGUUAAACAAAAUUUUGAUCAACUUGGCUUAGUUGUUGAUGCAUAUGUUGAUGAAGGUGUUAAUGGAUGUUUGAUACGUUCUAUAACACCAACAACAACUAUAACUAAUCAGCAUGGUUUAAGACCAGGUGAUUAUAUAUUAUCAAUUAAUAAUGAAAAUAUGAAAAAGAUAAGCAAUGCACAAGCACGUUCAAUUAUACGACGUGCUUCACUCAUUGGGUCAGAUAUCAGUGUCGUUUUCAUUCCGGGAGAUGAAGCUAAGCAAUUUAAAAAUCAUACACUCGAUCCACAAGCAACAUCGUCACCAGGACCACCCGAAAUUACUGGUUCCGAUAUAGAACCUUCUUUAACUAAACCUGUAACAACAACAACAACAACAACAACAAAUGAUGAUGAUGAUUCAUAUGGAUUUGAUUCUCAUCCUAAUCAACAAACAUAUCCAACUGUUAUUGAUAGUGAAACAUUAAGUGCAACAUUAUGGGGCCCACCCAGGACAGUUAUACUUUAUCGUAGUGAACAUGUUAAAAGUUUAGGAAUAAGUAUUGUUGGUGGAAAAUUAGACUUUUCUGGUCCAGGAAACACAAUUGAAUCAUGUAUAUCAGGUAUAUUUAUAAAACAUGUUUUACCCGAUUCCCCAGCUGGACGUAAUGGUACAUUGAAAACUGGUGAUCGAAUACUUGAUGUCAAUGGGUAUGAUCUACGUGAUGCAUCACAUGAUCGUGCUGUUGAAAUAAUUCGUGCUGCACAAUCACCUGUUCAUUUUAUUGUGCAAAGUUUACUUGAUCCAUCAAAUCCAGCAUCAUCAUCGCCAUCAUCAACAACAAAUGAUUAUUCAUCGACAAAUUUUUCUCACAUUCCAACAACAACAACAACAACAAGUUCUCCAUCACAACAUAAAAUUUUAACAACAAAUCAAACUUAUCUAAUAAAUGAACGAAAAACUGAAGAUGAAUUAAUUAAACAAUAUGGACAUUUAAAUGGUGAUUUAUUUUUUAUUGAUAUAAAAAGAAAUAUAUCUGAAAUCAGUGAACCACUUGGACUUUCUCUUAUUGGACAUCGUGAUCCAAAUAAAUUAGCUGUUUUUGUUUGUGAUAUUCAAUCUGGUUCAUUACUUGAUCGUGACAAUCGUAUACGUCCAGGCGAUCAAUUACUUGAAGUUAAUGGAGAAAUUCUUUUGGGUAAAGCACAUUCUGCGGUAACACCAAUUAUUAAAUCUAUCAAGGCUGACACAUUGAAUUUUGUUGUAUUGCGAAAUCCCAAUGCAAUCAAUGACAUGGCUUUAAACAAUCAACAUGCAGCUGCAGCACGUAUACGUGCAUCAGCAAUGACAUCUACUGGUAUUCACCUCACAUCAACAUCUCCGAAAUUAGUACGAGGCCAACUAACACCAUCAUCAUUCCAACAUACACCAGAAGAACAGAUGACAAAUGAUGCUAGUCCUCAUCAUGUUCAUGUCCCCAGGCACCAAACGGAUGUCAAUGAACGUUGGGAAAAUGACGAUAAACCAACAUCGACAUUAGUUUUUCGUUCUCCUACACAUACAUUAGACGAGAGCGAACAUACAGAAAAUAGAAAUGAUGAUAGAAUAUGUUCUAUACCACAAACAACAACAACAACAACAAUAAAAGAUGAAAAAUUAUCAGUUGUUGAAGAAAUACCAAAAUCGUCCUCGCUGUCGUCUAAUCGAAUAAUAACAACUACUGACGUUCAAAGCGACAACAACGAAGUUUCAUCAUUAAAUCAUAAUAUUAGCAGUAAUGCCACGAUCACGACGUUUCAUUCUAUUUCUUCCGAUGUCAAUUCUUCGACUCAUCGUUUCAUUUCAUCUUCAUUCGAUCAACAAUCGUACGCAUAUGAAAAUGACGAAUUAUCGUCGACACUACUACCAUCAACAACAACUUCAUCAUCUUUAUUAAUGCAUGAACAAGCAAAUUAUGCGAAUGAUAAAUAUUUAGAAAAUAAAAAUCAAACAAACAAAGAUAUUUCUAUAGAUAAUGAUCAAACAUUAACCCUUUCAAUGGAUAAUACGAUAGAAGAAAAUCAAAACGAAACAUCGCCUACACACUCUUAUUCAAUUAUGCAGUCAAACGAAUUACAAAGCCAGACAGAUAAUAUAUUGCCUUCAGACGUCAUUGCGUCAUCACCUAAUAAGCAAAAAAACGAAGAUAAUUUGCCAGAAACAUCAGCAUUACCCAUAAAAACAACGACGAAUGGUGCAGCUACAUCGCCCAUUUCUUUAAUGUCAUCAUCUUCAAGUUCUUCAUCAUCACUCUCAGUCUCUACACCAUCAUCAACUGAACAUGCAACUAGAAAGCCCAUACUAUCCUCAUCAAAACAAGUACCUCGACGUUCUUCAGUGUCUAUACAAGGUGCACCAAUUACACUUAUAUUAAAUAAAGAUCAAAAAGGUUCAUUUGGUUUAACAUUAAUUCAACAUGAUGAUGGAAUUUGGGUGCAAAGUGUUCAACCACAUGGAGCAGCCGAUCAACAAGAUAUUCGAGCUGGUGAUCAAUUGAUUCAAAUAAAUGGAACAUCAGUUGAAGUAUUAAAAUUUAAUGAUAUACAAGAUAUGUUAGAACAUGCAAAUAGUAAUCAAAUACAUUUAACAUGCUUACCAUAUCGUGAACCACAAACUCAACCAGUUGUUGUUAGUAUAAAUCAAGCAGAAAGUUUACCAACGUUAAUUCCAAAUGAUAAUGACGUUGUAUCAGAAGAUGAUCCUUGUAUACGACCAAUUAUUGUUGGACAAGAAACAUUAAUUGAAAUUGAUCGUGGACAUUCUGGUCUUGGACUUUCAGUUGUUGGUGGAUCAGAUACACAAUUAUCAGCAAUUAUUAUUCAUGAUAUUUAUGAUGGUUGUGCUGCACAGCGUGAUGGUCGUUUACUUGUUGGUGAUCAAAUACUUGAAGUUAAUUCCAUUGAUUUACGUUCAGCAACACAUGAAGAAGCUAUUCAAGCAUUACGACAAGCAACAAAUGUUGUUCGUAUACUUGUUUUACGUGGAAAAAUUUUAACUGAAAUGACGAAUGAACAAGAUAAAUUUGAUAUAAUAACAAUUGAUUUAAUUAAAAAAUCUGGCAAAGGACUUGGAUUUAGUAUCAUUGGACGACGACAUGGUUAUGGUGUAUUUAUUUCUCAUAUUCUCGAAGGUGGUUGUGCAGAAAAAGAUGGUCGAUUAAUGUCUGGUGAUUUAAUUCUUGAAGUAAAUGGACAAGAUUUAAGAACUGCAGCCUAUGAACAUGUUGCUUAUACACUCAAAACACUUCCACAUGGACGUGUUAAUAUCAAAAUUGGACGUCUUAAACCAAGUGUUCAUGCACAAAAUCGACCAAAUUCAGUUCCAAAUGAACGUAAAAAUCGAUCACGUUCAUCAUCAUCAAAUUUUCGACGUUCAUCAGCAACUAAAAUAAGCGAUAGAUGA